CACAGAAGAGCUUUUGUUCUGCCUGCUGACAGCUCAGGCUGGGAGAGUCGGAUUGUUUUGGUACGAUGUCAGAACAAACAGAGAAUUCCUCUCGGGCUACGCCUUCCUCUGCUCUCUAACGCCGUUCGACCGGUUUCCCCAUGACAAACACGACGUGACAGCGGUUGGGAUGCCCCACCCCGUCCGCGAGGGUUCGCGAGUCGACAUGCGCCGGCAUCUGGAGCUGGCGGGCCUGGGUCUGGCCCUCUCUGGGUGGCUCUGCGCCAUCUUGACUCGCUGCAUGGCCUUUUGGACGGUCAGUGGCACUUUGGACAAUUCUACGGCCACGCUACCGGCCUACUGGGAUGGGGUGUGGCUGGAAUGGGAUCACUGGGACCUGGCCCACGAAGGGCAGCUGCACUGCUCAUUCUACCGGUCGCUCAUGUCCCUCUCCGGGAGUUUCCGAACAUGGAGGGCCCUCAUCAUGGCCGCGGUGGGCGCAGGUGCUUUUGCCACCGUGGUGGGUGCGGCCGGAGCUGGGUGGUUCCCCAAGCGGGGGCAGGUUAAAGUGUUCUCCGGGGCCACGUACAUUUUAUCAGGGAUCCUUAUUCUGAUUCCUAUCGCUUGGACCUGCCACCACACCAGCCAUCGGUUGGAGGGAGCCCUGCACCUGAGGAGGGACUGGGGACCGGCGUUGUAUUUGGGAUGGGUCGCCUUUGCGCUGACGAUAACUGGGGGUACCCUUCUCACCACGUUGUGUCCCACCGCCUCCGAGGGACCGGUCCAGGCCGUGGAGGGUUCGAGGCCGCGACAUCCGGAGGAGGCGACGCACCCGCUCAACAGGAUCAACAGGGCCACCUUCACCCACAGCCAGUACCAACGUGGGUCCGUGCCCAUCUGAUGCGGAGGUUGUGGGGUACCCAACCAUUCGUUUUUGACAGAGCUGGACGUCAUUUGUCACGGGAGGGCCUGAGCUGAGAUUCGACCGCAGACCAUGUCGACGAUGAGGCAGCGGUCCAACUACAAGCGCACCGUGGUGCCCACCCACCAAAACACAUAUAACUCGCGCCCAUCUGCCCUUUUCCUAUACUGUCAGGGAGGCAAGUGAGCUGUACUCCAUCCCAAUUUUUUUUGUUCCAUAACAAAAAUUUCAAACUAAUGAACCAGUCCUCCAAAAAAAGUUGGGUAAAAAAUAAGCCAUUAUUUGUGUCAAAAAGGGACCAACUGCGACAUGAGUCAAUUCAACCAUUAUUUUUAAACAAAAAAUUAUUUGGGGGGGCUGUUUUGAGCAAAAAAAUAAUAAUUGGGUUGAAUUGACCCAAAUAGCAGUUGGUCCCUUUUUGAGCCAUAAUUGGGUUAUUUUUGACCCGCCUGCCUUCAGAGUAUAACAUGAUGAUUUGGGAAUGUUGGCUGAAGUACUGAAAUACAAA